AUGAGCGAGUCGCUGAACUUCCGCGGGGAGCUGAAAGCCCACCGCGGCUGGGUCACCUCCAUCGCGACCACCUACGAGCAGAGCAGCCUCGUGGUCUCCGGGUCCCGCGACAAGAAGGUGAUGAUCUGGGAGCUCACCCCAGAGGGCGAGUACGUCGGCUACGCCCGCAGGGCCCUCUCCGGGCACUCCGAGCCCGUGUCCAGCGUGGUCCUCUCCUCCGACGGCCAGUUCGCCCUCUCCGGCUCCUGGGACCGCACCAUGCGGCUCUGGGACCUGAACACCGGCGCCACUGCGCGCACUUUCCAGGGCCACGCAAAGGACGUGAACAGCGUCGCAUUCUCGGGGGACAACCGCCAGAUCGUGUCAGGUCGAACGAGUCGGCCGACCCCGCCCACUUCUCCCCCCCAGCAGCUGGACGUCGAGGUUCAUGCGGCCCUUCCACCUUGGCGCGCGGGAGGCAGCCGCGACCGAACGAUCAAGCUCUGGAACACCCUGGCGGAGUGCAAGUACACCAUCUCCGAGGACAUCCACACGGACUGGGUCAGCUGCGUGGUGUUCUCCCCGUCGGCCAAGAUGCCGCUCAUCGUGUCCGCCGGCUGGGACAAGCUUGUGAAGGUGUGGAACCUGAGCAACUGCAAGCUGCGCACCAACCUCGUCGGCGGGGACGGGGGGUGGGGGUGGGGCGGCGAGGUCUUCCGAGAUUGCCUGGCCGUUUCUAUUCGGUAG